AUCUUGCAAAAGCGCUUGCUACUGCAGAUUUUCCUUGAGCAUACAUCUACAUGUCAUGGAAGUUUACGUGACAUGGGAUGGAAGCGGAUUUCUGUGUAGCGAUAAUAACUACAAAGUUUUCUAUUCUGGUGAAAAUGAUUUCUUGAUUUGA